UCCCUUUGUUUUAGCUUCUCGCUUCAGAACAUAUUCCUUUACUUUCUGUUUGGUUCCCACGAAAAUCCUGAAAAUCUUUGUCACAGAAUUGAAUUAUUGACUCUGAUAAUAAAACCCACCAAACGAACAAUUCGACAUUUCAAUUGCGUUGCGCAGCUCGCACUUCCUACUUUUCGCUAAACACUUCAAUUUCUUCCUUUUCGUAAAUUUUCUUUGAUUAAAUUGGGUUAUACGAUUCUUUAUUGGGUUUGAAUUUUUUGUGGGUUGGCGGUGUCUCUGUCAACGAUAGGAGGAAUAUAUCAGUUUCCUUCAAUAUGGAGGAAUAUAUCAAGAUUACAACACUAGGAAAGAAAUCCCUAGUUACAAUAGGAACCGAUCAAGUUCUAACGAGGAAAGAAAUCCCCAGUUACGAUAGGAACCCAUCAAGAUCUACAACACUAAUCUCUAGUUACAAUAGGAACCCAGAAAAAAGAAACCCUUACAGAACUAGGAACAUCUUGAAAAAACCUAUAAAUAUGAGGCUAAUUGAAGAGAGACUUCACCACUACAAUAAGGAGCAAUGGCAAACAACAACCUCACAUCUGCUUUCUCUUUUGCUCUCAUCCUCUGUGUUUCAGCUCUUUCACUAAUUCCACAUACCACCUCAUCAUCAUCCCCAUUCCAAUUCCCUCCAACCGAAUCCACAAUUCUCCCCGACCCUUCAAGCUUCUUCUCUGCAAACCUCCUCACCACCCCUCUCCCCACCAAUUCUUUUUUCCAGAACUUUGCUCUCAACAAUGGUGACAAACCCGAGUACUUCCACCCCUACAGCAUCAACUCCUCCUCAUCCUCUCUAUCUCUCUCCUACCCAUCUCUCUCCUCCACCUCUGCUUUCAUCUCCCAAACCUUUGUCCCUGAUCUCACCAUCUCUGCCUCCCAAACCAGCGCCAACUUAGCUACAACAAAUAGCAGCAGCCGUGUAAUCUCUGCCUUCACUGAUCUCAGUGUCACCUUGGACUUUCCCUCCUCCAACCUUCGUUUCUUCCUCGCUCGAGGAAGCCCCUAUGUCACCUGCAAUGUGUCUAGCCCCACUACGGUUUCUAUCUCAACCAUUCACGCAAUCCUCGAAUCCUAUUCAAGCAACUCAAAGACCAAGUUCACCGUCCAGCUUGACAACAAUCAAACAUGGGUUAUGUACACCUCCUCCCCAACUACUUUGACUAGAAGCAGCCCAUCAACCUUAACUUUUGAUGGCUAUUCUGGGAAUAUUCGGAUUGCAUUGGUGCCAGGUUCUGAUCCAAAAUACGCAGCAAUCCUUGACCGAUUUAGUUCUGCUUAUCCUGUUUCUGGUGAAGCUGUGUUCACAAAGCCAUUCACUUUGGAAUAUAAAUGGGAAAAGUAUGGACGGGGAGAUUUGCUUAUGCUAGCUCAUCCUCUCCAUCUUCAGCUUCUGUCUAACGCUACUAUUUUGGAGGAUUUCAAGUACAAGAGCAUUGAUGGUGAUCUGGUUGGUGUAGUUGGUGAUUUGUGGGAGUUGAAAUCCCAUAAUGUAUCAGUCACUUGGCACUCAAUUGGAGGUGUCAAACAAGCCUCAUACCCUGAAAUUGUUUCUGCGCUUCGUCGUGAUGUUAAGGCUCUUAGUUCGACGCCAAUAACAACUGCUUCGUCUUACUUUUAUGGGAAAUUGGUUGCCAGAGCAGCAAGGUUGGCUUUAAUUGCCGAGGAGGUGAAUUGUCUUGAUGUGGUUCCAGCAAUUAGGAAAUACUUGGCAGAUGCCAUCGAGCCAUGGUUGGAUGGUACUUUUAGUGGGAAUGGUUUUCUGUAUGAUCCUAAAUGGGGUGGACUUGUCACCCAACAAGGAUCAACCGAUCGCGGUGCAGAUUUUGGGUUUGGAGUUUAUAAUGAUCACCAUUAUCAUCUUGGAUAUUUUGUUUAUGGUAUUUCAGUGCUUGCAAAGAUUGACCAUGCAUGGGGGAGCAAGUACAAGCCUCAAGCUUACUCUCUUGCAGCAGAUUUCAUCAACAUGGGCAACCAAUCAAAUUCAAACUUUCCUCGGUUGAGAUGCUUUGAUUUGUACAAACUACACUCAUGGGCUGGAGGACUGGCUGAAUUUGGAGAUGGAAGGGACCAAGAGAGCACAAGUGAGGCAGUGAAUGCUUACUACUCAGCUGCAUUGAUGGGCUUAGCUUAUGGAGACACCAAUCUUUUCAACAGUGGAUCAAUGCUUACAGCUCUGGAAAUUCAAGCAGCUCAAAUGUGGUGGCAUGUAAGAGAAGGAGAUACACUAUAUGAGGAAGAGUUCACAAAGGAAAAUAGGAUUGUGGGAAUUUUAUGGGCAAACAAGAGAGACAGUGGACUUUGGUUUGCUCCUCAAGAGGCAAAAGAAAUGAGGCUUGGAAUUCAGUUGCUGCCCAUAUCCCCAAUCACUGAGAUUUUGUUCUCUGAUGAUGGCUUUGCUAAGGAAAUUGUGGAAUGGGCAUUGCCAGCUUUGAGUAGAGAAGGAGUUGAGGAAGGAUGGGAGGGUUUUGUCUAUGCCUUGCAAGGGAUUUAUGAUAAGGAUGGUGCUUCGGAGAAGAUUAAGAGCUUGAAGGGUUUUGAUGAUGGAAACUCUCUCACUAAUCUCCUAUGGUGGAUUCAUAGUAGGAACUUAGGUUCACAGUAGGAUAUUUAAGUUAAGUUUUGUUGAUUAGUCUUUAGGUUGUGUUUUUUUCAUUCAUUUUUUUUUCCGUAGUUGGUAGCAUGCAUAUUUAACAAAUUCUUAUGUAUGUAACUUAACUAAAUCAAUUAGAAGUUCAAUUUAUAGCAAUGGUCAUGAUCUAUACAUCCACUCCUACCUAAUCAAAUCCGCCUCCUCUCUGUCUCUCUCUUACCCUUCUCGCUUUUCCAACUCUGCUUUAAUAUACCAAAUUUUCAAAGCUAACUUCACUAUCCGUGCAACAUGCAAGACCAAGCCAAAACAUUAACAUCUAUAUAGCUUUUCAAUUCCUUUUCAUGCCAAGAAAGAUGUGUUCCAAAUAACAAGCUACGAUGUUUUGCUUAAUCUGCUGUUCACACAGGAGAGACAUGUGCUCACAAGGAAGCAUUAUCUUCAAGUAAAAUUUUUGUUUUAGCUUCUUGCUUCAAAAUAUAUUCCUUUACUUUCUGUUUGGUUCCCACGAAAAUCCUGAAAAUCUGUCACAGAAUUGAAUUAUUGACUCUGCUAAUAAAACCUACCAAACAAACAAUUCGACAUUUCAAUUGUGUUAUGCAGCUCGCACUUCCCACUUUAAGCUAAACACUUCAAUUUCUUCCUUUUCGUAAAUUUUCUCUGAACCCAAACA